UGUAUGCAAGAGAACAUCAUAGAAUACGUCGUGUAGGAAUUGUGACGAACUUUCCUUCGCGUUUUUGAGCAACUUUAAGACUGUAACAUUAAACCGAGAUGAUGGUGCUGCAACUCAAGAUUGGUCGAGCUAAAAAACACAAGGAAAUGGAGUGGCAGAACGAAAGCAUGUACUGUCUACUAUUUGAGUCCUCCAAGAAGCGUUACACCGACGUGCAAGGAAUGCAACAAAAGCCUGCUCGAAAGACCAAAGUAUCUCCUAACGCGCGAGACCGGUAUUGUCAUUUUCUGGCGCAUCGAGAGUUCGGUCGACAAAAUGGAGAUCGAUACAAACUCAGGACAGAAGAAGUUGAGUACUACGAAACCAGUGUGGAUAUGUGCAUGUCAGAGAUGUACUAUCAAAAGACGAAUUGCACAACAUGGAAAAAAAAAUUCAUGUCGUCUUAAAGACGCAAAGUAGCAGUCGAAGGUCGAGAUUUCUGUGACAUGUCUGCACAUUAGUCAAAGCCUCUGGAAGAUUACUGGGUUGUGAACAUAGUGUUCCCUUCCAAGUGCAAUCUGUUGCUGAAGGGAAAUAUUUAGAAGAGAGCAGCUUCCAUAUCCGAGCAACAUGUGAAAUCGGGCAUGAUGCUCGAUGAACUUCUAGACUUAUUUCCAGGUAAGCCUGAUGGAAUGUUUCACUGGCACUAGGACUUUGUGUACUGGCCCGUUACGGACUACACACGAACAGUUUCAAUUUUGGAUUGCAAUUGAUAAUGCCGGGGUUAAAAUAUAGAUGCAUACAGUUUGCUCCAUGAACACAUAUGGAGAAGAAUUUCAGGCAUCAUGGACCUUUGCAAGGACAUCGUGACAAGUCGCAUACUUUGACAGCUCUAUCAGCUAAGUAUGAUAUGUCAAAACUUGCUGAAGUUGGCAAAGCGAUGUGACUGUUCAUCACGAGAGAACCUUACAUGGGUCUGAUUUCAAUUCAAGCACUGAUAGCUGGAGACGCGCAUGGGUGGUGGCAUUUUGAUAUAAGAACCUUUGAUUAUGAAUGUAGUAUAGGAUUCACCCACUCCACUGAAUGCAGCAGGUCAGAAGAAUAUCCAGAACAGGUCAUGUUCUUCACCGUUACUAUAUAGAAAACUUUGGAGUCUCCUCAAAUCCUUAUUGAUCUAACGCUUUCCCUUGUUCACAGCAUCAUCCGACUGAGGUGUGAGAAGACAUAGUGCUUCCAUAUUUUUGAAGUAGUUUCAUUUAUCGUAUGUAUUUAGUGACUAGAAUAGUCGUGUCCGGAAGAACUUUUUCAUCCAA